AAGUCACAAUUUGUGAUUCACAAAUCUUUACGCGAAAAAAAAAUAAAACAGAAAUUGAAAAUUGUAGACAAAUUAAAAGUUUGAAGUUAGGCAAAUGUUUAAAAUAAAUCUAAGAAUGUGUAUCUAUAAUCCAUUCUUAUUGCAGUAUUAUAACGAAUUCACGGGCUAAAGUUGACUGUUAAUUAACUAACUUUACUUAAUUAAAGACAUUUAAAAACUAUUGCACCUUCGUAACCAUGGCAACCUCAGGGAUUUGCUUUUUUUGCCGAACUUCUUGUCAAUCCACAGGGUGUGACUGUUCCUGUGGGUCAGAUUUUGUCCCAUUAUUUCUAACUUAUCUCAACACAAUCAACAUGGACAAAAAGUACGCGAGUAAUUUUCGCCGAGAAGAUUUUCAUUCUUGUGAAAAAUGUGGCACUUUGUUGCAAACAAUUUGCGGACAUUUGCAAAAAUUGGGGCAAGAUUUGUUUCGAAUGUAUACGAUAACGUUGGAAAAUCUGGAUCGGGACGAGGUGAUUGAGGAGGACGAUGUUUUGCAAAAGUUGAGGAGGAAGAGUGUCUCACAAUUUAACCCUUCCGUCGCUGUGAUCCGAGUACACACAGAUUUAGAAAGUAGACGACCACAAGAAUCAGAUAGAAGUUCUUGCUCGUCCCCAAUUUAUGACGAUGCACAAAGUGACCUCGAUCUGGACGAUGGACCAUUCAAAAUUGAACUCGAUGGCGAAGAAGAUGAAAGUGACCCCGAAUAUGAAGUCGUUGAGCAAAUAAGUGAUUCCUUAGAGUGGGAGGAUUUAGGAAUUUCGCCAAAUCAAGAAGAAUCGCCGCAUGCUUCUGGGGAAAGUAGUAGCGAUGACGGUGACCUUCCUCUCCCUCGAAAACGGAGGCGACGAAGAAAAUCCGAUCCUCUACGGGUGAAAAAGCCUCGUCAAAGAGUUCGAAAAAGUCCACGGGUCAGAAAAGUUAUUGCACCUCCCGAACCUGAGGAGACUGAUAGCGAGGCUGAAAAACGAAUGGUAAAAGUGUUACAUGGCGGCGUGGAAAUAAAAUCUGACGGAUCGAUUUUCAAAUGUGGCCUGUGCAAUUCUAAAUCUACCACGUGGCGUGCUAUGACAUGCCACGUGAAGCAACAUGCACAUCUUCUCACGGAUCGCCUCCCCUUCCAUUGCUCAUCAUGUGGCAGCCUCUUUUCGUCGCAGGAUCUUUUGACCUUGCACAUCUUGCAAUCCAAUAAAUGUGACCCUGCCACAAUGGAUCUGCCACAACCCCAAAAGGUCGUCACAUGUGUCGUCACAGGUCUUGACCCCACAUUUGAUAAAAAGUGUGACGAGUGUGACCUCUCCUUCAAAUCGGACGCCACCCUGACCAACCACAAAGUUGAGGUGCACCUCAACGGGGCGCGGUACCAGUGUGCCAUAUGUUUCGUUAGAUUUCGAGGACAAUCAAAUUACGAUUAUCACGUCAGAAAAUGCGACGGUUCGUCAAAAACUGGAGAAGAGGAUGCAGCGGUUGUCGUGGCGGACGCAGAUGUGCCCAGGUCUUCCUAUUUGGGCGUCGAGAUGAAGAAAAUUGUCAUGGAUGAGGACGCCUUGCGGGGAUUGGUGAAGAGGAAACAGCACAAAAUCCAGUUCCAGUGUGGCCGUUGUAAAUAUCGAUGUGCAAAUAAGGGGAAUUUAAAGCAACACAUUCGUCUCAAUCAUACGGAUAAUGUGCCAUUUAAAUGUCUCCGUUGCGGAUUCACCUUCGCGUGCCAGACCACCUUGGACCAACACCUCCUCGACCAUCCGACCCAUCGAAACUUCACCUGUAAAGUAUGCCAAAGUGUCUUCACCUUGCGCAAAACGCGGGACAACCACGUGCUAAAGGUGCACGAGAAACCUGACCUCUUCUCCUGUCCCCACUGCGGGCGAGGAUUUCGAAACAUUUCGGUUGCUGAGAGGCAUAAAACAACCUGCGGCGGCGGAGUUGGUGAGGAGUCUGUGCAAAAAUUUGACGAAGAUGCGAAAUCCAGGCUUGAAGCGGAACAGGAGUCGAUCCGAGGACGCGAAAUAAUUUCGAAUUAUUGCAAAUUCUGCCGGAAAAUGGUAUUUGGUUCCGCCCCGACGUUUACUCUGCAUGAGAAGAUUUGUCGUAAUUCCGCCACAGAUCUGAAAUGGGGGGAACUGUUGGUCCCUGUACGAACGGGGGUUUGGCUCCUGGACAACGUGGAAAUUGCAAUGACCCAAAUUUUGGAGAAUCCUCUCCUCUCGAUGUACAAAUGUGGCGGAUGCAAUGAGACAUUUCUUAAUAGAAGUGAUGCAAAGGAUCACGCUAAAAAGUCAAAUCAUGGAAAAGUGAGGGAAGAACAGGGAUAGUUUUUUAUAGUUGCCAUACUUAAUUUUGAAUUUAAUAUUCCAUUCUGGAUAAGUGAUGUUUUUUUGUUAUUGUAUUUCCAGAGAUUUAAUGAAAUACUGUUAAAAAAUUUAAGUAUACGAUAAUAAAACUAAAAACUGAAUUUUUAUUCCGAA